AUGGAGGUAGGCCAAACGAAAGAAGCGCUGGAGUCCAUCCACCUCGAGGAUCAAAGUCAAACGCCAACCUCGAAACCGCACACUGAAGAUGUAGUGUCCGAGGAAGAGCGCCAAAGGAUCCUUCGUAAAAUCGAUCUCCGAGUGGUCCCAAUCUUGGCAGUCCUAUAUCUGCUCAGCUUUUUAGACCGAGGGAGCAUCGGAAAUGCAAAUGUUUUGGGACUGUCUGCGGAUUUGGGCCUGGUUGGCAACCAAUACAACUGGGCUUUGACGAUUUUCUUCUUCCCAUAUAGUUUCUUUGAGCCGUUUUGCAACCUGUUGCUCGUCAAAUUUAGUCCCAGCCGCUGGUUACCUUCCAUAAUGGUGCUUUGGGGAAUCGCCACCACUUUGACUGGCAUUGUCCACAACUACUCAGGGCUGCUGGCCGCAAGAUUCUUCCUCGGUAUGACUGAAGCUGGGCUUUUCCCCGGAAUUGCAUUCUAUAUGUCUUUAUGGUACCCGAGAGAAAACGCACAGUUCAGGCUUGCGAUGGUCUUCGCAUCCGCGUCUAUGGCAGGCGCAUUCUCCGGUCUUCUAGCCUAUCUCAUUGACAAGAUGGAUGGGGUUGGUGGGUUGGAAGGAUGGCGAUGGAUCUUUAUCCUGGAAGGAAUACUGACUGUUGUGGUUGCCGCCUUUGCAUACUUUCUGGUCAUGGAUGAACCGGCUACCGCAAAAUUUCUGACAGACCGCGAGAAGUUGGUGUUGCGGAGGCUGUUGAAUGAGGGUAGCGUUGAGAGCAACACGGAAGCUGCAAAUAAUCCUACCUUGGGACAAAAGGGAGAGAAGAAGUCGUCGCAUGCAUGGAAAGCAUUCACAGAUUGGCAGACUAUUUUCCAUGCUAUCAAUUAUUGGGGAAUGGCUACUGCUGUAUAUGCAUUGUCCUUAUUUCUCCCUACCAUCAUCAAUGGGCUCGGCUACACUGCCCAGAUUGCACAAUUGUUGACCAUCCCGGUGUAUGCUGCGGCCACAGUAUUCACUCUCGUGGUUGGCUACUACGCAGAUAAAACCGGGAAAAGAGGCAUUUUUGCAAUGGGAUGCUAUAUCGCCGUAUUUGUUGGGUUCCUGAUUGCAGUUGCCCCGUCUAACUUUAUCCCUGGCUUGAGCUACGCUGGAUGUUUCAUCGCAGCAUGUGGGAUGUAUCCCAGCAUUCCUUGUCUGUUGGCGCUUGCAUCGAACAACUACGCCCCUCACACCAAACGCGCCGUUGGAAUGGCUAUUCAAAUCGGAUUCGGUACUAUGGGAGGCGCUGCUGCAGCCAACUUUUACAAGAAAACGGAUGCACCUCGAUAUAGACUGGGACACUCCUUGGUAUUAACCUUUGCAUCUUUAGGUCUGCUUACGGUUGUGGGAUACUAUCUUCUGUGCCGGAAGAUAAACAAAAAGAGAGACGCUUUAGGUCCCGAGGCAAGGUUGUCAACCAACGCCGCCGGUAUUACUGGUACGGCAGACAAUAAGGACAAUGGCAUCGUCAACGAAAUUGGCCUGAAAGGGGAAGAGCUGGAAGCCGAGACGUUGAGCUCCAAAACCAACCGCAGACUGAGACUUCGAGUCGACUUCAUUGUUCUUCCUCUCAUGACAAUGGCGUCAAACGCGCUCAGUUUUGCAGCCCUGUUCGGAAUGAAAGACGACACGCAUCUCCACGGACAGCAGUACAGCUGGUUAGGCUCGAUUGUGUAUUUUGGAUACAUGAUUGCGCAAUUCCCGCUAGGGUGGAUCCUAGUGAAGGUGCCCCUGGCCAAGCUCAUGUCGUUCCUCGUCUUGACAUGGGGCGUCCUGGUGUGCUCCAUUAUGGCGUGCAACAGCUUUGCGGGCCUGGCUGCCAUUCGCUUUCUUCUGGGCUUCUUUGAGGCGGGCAUUGUGCCUAUCAACAUGAUACUGACGGGAACGUGGUACCGCCGUGAGGAGCAGCCCCUGCGCACCGCCAUCUGGUACAACACCCUGGCUGGUGUCUUGGGUGGCAUUUUUGCCUUUGCCAUAUCUAAGCUUGAUAGCCAGUAUCCUGUUUGGAAGCUCAUCUUUCUCAUCUAUGGCUCUGUGAGUCUUGGCUUGGGUGUUGCAAUCUUUUUCCUGCUUCCGGAUCAUCCAUCUCUUGCUUGGUUUUACAAUGUCGAAGACAAGAAGAAUAAGGUGAUCAGGAUUGCACCAAAUCAAACGGGACAAGGCAAUGUUCAUCAGUUCAAGUGGGGUCAGAUUAUUGAAUCACUGAUCGACCCCAAGUUUUGGGUGUUGGCGCUUUAUGUUAUUGCGUGGGGUAUUGUUAAUGCCGGCAUUACCAACUUCAACCCUUUGAUUAUAUCCGGUUUUGGGUAUUCGAGGGAGAGAACAGCUUUGCUGGCAUCACCACAGGCGGCAGUGGCUACCUUCUUUGCGAUUACCUGCUCCGCUGUUGCAAACCAUGUGCCAAAUAUCCGAUGCUUAAUCUGGGCCCUCUCGACUCUUCCCGGGCUCGUGGGAGCUGUUCUCAUUCGUGUUCUUGAUCCUGCCACGAAUAGGGGCGGUGCUCUCGCAGGUGUCUACAUGAUGGGGUUCUACAACGUAUCCUGGGUCAUGGCAAUGUCCCUUGUUUCCUCAAACAAUGCGGGUGCUACUAAGAGAUCAUUCGCCACCACCUCCAUGUCACUCCUCUACGCGAUUGGCAACAUUAUUGGCCCACAGCUGUUUCUUGACACUCAGGCUCCUCACUAUCCCCUUGGGAUAUAUGCCAUGAUGACUGCAUUUGCUGUGCAAGGAGUUUGCGGUGCAGUAUACUUUGCUCUAUGUUUUAUUGAGAACAAGAGGAGGGACCGUGAAUAUGGCAAGGUUGAACGUCAGACUAUUGCUGGUCUGGAAGCAGCUGAGAAUGACUUGACGGACGGGGAAAACACUGCCUUCCGGUAUUGUUUGUAG